AACGUCACUUUUAAGGAUAUCAUCAAUAUUGAGCGAGAAUUGGCUAAGUUAGCCAGCAAGAAGGAGAAGAUUGAGGCACAGGUGGCGAAACUUUUAGACCAAGAAAGUCGAGCCGACUAUGAAGCGAAAGUUCCUUUACCAGUUCGUGUCACCAAUACAGAGAAGAAAGAAGCAUUGCUUAUUGAGAUUCGUAGUAUUGAAACGGCUAUGGCUGCACUGCGGAGCUAA